GCUGUUAGGCAGAAUGUCCACAGAUGAGCGCCACCUCACCUCCAGUUGUGGAUCCUUCAUCAAGACUGAGCCAUCCAGCCCAUCUUCCGGCAUCGACGCCAUCAGCCACCACAGCCCGAGUGGUUCAUCCGACGCCAGCGGCGGUUAUGGCAUCACUAUAGGUGGCCACCCCAAUGGCCUGGAUUCACCACCCAUGUUCAGCAGUGCAGGGAUUGGCGGAGGGCCCUGCCGCAAACGGUACGAUGACUGCGCCAGCGCCAUCAUGGAAGACUCGCCCACCAAGUGCGAGUAUAUGCUGAACGCCAUCCCCAAGAGGCUGUGCCUAGUGUGCGGGGACAUUGCGUCCGGGUACCAUUACGGAGUGGCGUCCUGUGAAGCAUGCAAAGCCUUCUUCAAGAGGACAAUUCAAGGGAACAUUGAAUACAGCUGCCCGGCAACCAAUGAGUGUGAAAUCACAAAACGGAGGCGCAAAUCCUGCCAGGCGUGUCGCUUCAUGAAAUGCCUCAAAGUGGGGAUGCUGAAAGAAGGGGUCCGUCUGGAUCGAGUUCGUGGUGGCCGUCAAAAGUACAAAAGGAGAUUGGAUUCCGAGAGCAGCACUUAUUUGAGCUUACAGAUUCCUCCUCCAGCCAAAAAGCCAUUGACCAAGAUCGUCUCCCACCUGUUGGUGGCAGAGCCGGAAAAGAUUUAUGCUAUGCCUGACCCUACCAUGCCGGAGAGCGACAUAAAAGCUCUGACCACGCUCUGUGAUUUGGCAGACAGAGAGCUGGUUGUGAUCAUUGGCUGGGCAAAGCACAUCCCAGGCUUCUCUAAUCUUUCCCUGGGGGACCAGAUGAGCCUAUUGCAGAGUGCAUGGAUGGAGAUACUCAUCCUGGGUAUCGUCUACCGCUCGUUACCCUAUGAGGAUAAAUUGGUCUAUGCUGAAGAUUACAUCAUGGAUGAGGAACAUUCUCGCUUGACAGGCCUGCUGGAGCUCUACCUGGCUAUCCUGCAGCUUGUGCGCAGGUAUAAGAAGCUGAAGGUGGAGAAGGAAGAGUUUGUGACACUCAAGGCUUUGGCUCUUGCCAAUUCAGAUUCAAUGCACAUAGAGGACAUGGAUGCAGUGCAGAAACUCCAAGACCUUCUCCAUGAAGCUCUCCAGGAUUAUGAGCUGAGCCAGCGUCAUGAGGAGCCACGGCGUGCGGGGAAGCUGCUGCUCACCCUUCCCCUCCUGCGGCAAACAGCUGCCAAGGCCGUGCAGCACUUCUAUAGCAUCAAACUGCAGGGCAAGGUCCCCAUGCACAAACUCUUCCUAGAAAUGCUCGAAGCCAAGGUCUGA